UAAAACAUUAAAAGAAUAAUAAAAUCUGUACGUAUACAAGUGAAAACAACAAAAUAUACAUUUAAUUGUACAAAAUAAAGUCAUGAACUUGAACAGUAUUGUUUUAACAUAAAAAUUCAAAUAUUGGAGCAAUACAACAUAUACAGUCACCAAAUAUAAUAUAGUAUAACAUAUCCAUUCACACCAUUUAGAUAUUUUUCUUUCGCACCAUUACAAAUUUCUAUAUUUAUUAAACCAUACUGUCUCAAAUUUACAUACUAUAAAUACAAAAUCACCAAUGCAAUAAAAUAUAUUCAUAGCUGUGUAUUGAAAAGUACCAAAUCGCAAGUUAAGCUCCCGAAAUAUGACUUCGUUUCAAAGGAACGGUGCUACAGAAUUCUAGAUUUAUGUUGAUCUUCACUUUGUACCUCUAUGUUUUGUUUGCUGCUUUCCUUUCUAUUAUUUUACUUCACCCCCCCCCCCCCCCUCCCAUACGUAUUAACCCUUCUCUUUCUAUUACCAUGCAAUCUCUUUUAAUCCCACGUUCUUAUAUACAACAAUAACUUUCAAUCCAAGCUCCAACAAAUUCAACUAACGAUAGGUCAAAGGUUGACACCAGAAUUCUCACUUCAUUCAAAUAUGGGAUACAACUUACGAUAUUCAUCUUUUGCCUGAACAACUACAAACAAACAAAUAUAUUACUAUCACAAAUGGAUCAACAAAUACUUAAUACCUUUUUAAAGCUUACCUCCUUUCCUUACUUAUUAGGGGAUGGACGGGAUAUUCUGAUGUUGAGAAAGGUCCUAAUUAUGCUUCCAAAAGGAAGAUUUUCGCUACUGACUUGACUCGAGAAAAUCUACACAAGUGAGUACUAAUCACUAAUGUUUGUUUUCUAGACGUAUUAAUUAUGUUGUUGGCAUUGGAAAAGUAAGAGAAAAAUGAGUACUCACAUGCAGCUGGCAAGAGUUGGAAUUCAAGGAGUAUAACUUCAAUGCUAAGGGACAACCUCUUCAUGCUAGCUAUCUCCAUCCCCUUCUUAAGGUACUCAGGAGUUGUUGAAAUCGUUUACUUCAAGCGCAAUGUAUCUUAGUGUUUUGUGUAACUCAUACUGAAGUGUAGUUUACUUGAUGGGUAACUGUUCUGUUUAUAUCAUGGUGUUUUGUACCCAUCUGAGUGUGUUAAACUCUUAUUAUGACGUUGGUCUUCUUGCUCAGGUCUCAGAUUCUCUGUCCUUUUGCCCAUCAGAUCAACAAAGUUUCAUGUCUGAACUUGAUUCCCAGGUCUCUACUGCCUUCGACCCGUUUGCUGAUGCGAAUGCUGAGGACUCAGGUGCGGGAACAAAGGAGUACGUCCACAUCCGUGUGCAUCAGCGCAAUGGUAGGAAAAGCUUGACAACAGUCCAAGGGUUGAAGAAAGAGUAUAUUUACAGCAAUAUACUUAAGGACCUCAAGAAAGAGUUUUGUUGCAACAGUACAUUGGUUCAUGACUCUGAACUCGGACAUGUUCAUGUUUAUUUUACAGCAAGAUAUUUAAGGACCUCAAGAAAGAGUUUUGUUGCAACGGUACAUUGGUUGCAAACACAAUAAUUGCAUAUAAAUAAAUAUAUUAUCAAUUUAAAUAUCACUAGAAUAAAUUAUUUUCAUAUGUUCAGAAUAUUUAAUAUUAAAUCAAACAUACAGAGUUUUUUUAUCAUAGCAAAAUUAUUUUAUCACGUAAAAUACAGUUUAAAAAUACUCAUGCAUUUGAAAUAUUUAAUAAAAAAAUAAAUAUCAAUUUUUUAUACAUAUCACAAAGUUAUUUAUUAUAAUAAAAUUUUCCUUUAUCGUGUAAGAAUAUUAAAAAACUUAUUGUAUAUAUAAAAUUAUAUACAAUAUAUAUAGAGAGAUAUAUCUCUUUUAUUUAAAAAUAAUAAUAAUGAUGUAAAAUAUUAUUUUUGGUAACACAAUAUAAAUUAUUUUUAUAUAAUGAUAAUUACCAAAUAAAAAAGCAUUUUCAUUUACGAUAAU